AUGUCGAUAUCUUCUAAGGCAUCAGCUGGAUCACCGUACCCUCAAUCACGGCCUGAUCCGUCUUUGACUUCCAAUACCGCAACUAUUGGACUUUCCAAGAACUUAGUUGUCCCAAUAACAAUCAAAUUAUGCUAUUUACAACCUUCAAAGAAAUCCUUACCAAGUAUCAUAAAUAAUCUCGCAUCAAGCUCGGAUAAAUACUCAAAUCCUUUGAUAUUUAAAAAACUAUCUAAUGUUUCAAUCAAUUCAGAACUUUUGGUUGAAUUUCAGGUCUUUGAUGGUAAUAACAAUCCCAUUUCUAUUCCCGUCACGUCAAAUUAUAAAUACUUCACUAGUAAUCGAAGAAUUUGGAACACGAUUCAUAAGUUACCAGUGACUUACAAUCAAGUCUCUGUUGAGUCGUAUAUAAAGUUUACCAUAUUUGAAAUCAUUGAUACCAAAAGAUCAAUUUUUGGUGUAGGAUACUUGUCAAUCUUCAAUAAAGACACAUCCACAGUUCGUAAAGGUUCAUACAAGGUUGCCAUACACACAAAUACCGAGAAAUGGGAUGGCAGAAAAGGAAUUGCACCUAAAAUAGAAUACGGUGAUAUACUCGGUACAACUGACUUGGAACAAAAACUCAUAAACUACGAAAAUGGUGAGUAUCCCAGAUCUUCUUGGUUGGAUAAACUAUCCUUAUCAAAAAUCGAAAAAGAACGUAGCUUGAGUUUAAAAAAUGCAUUAUCUUACGACUAUUAUAGACAUACUAAAAACGAUGUUGACAAAACCCAUGUGAAUACGGAUGAUGACAAAAGAGAUAGCACUGAAGAUGAUGAUUUAUAUUACAUCUAUAUCGAGUUACCAAACUUCGAAUUACCAAUUGUAUAUUCUGAUGAAACGUACCAAACUCCAAACUUUUUGAAGAACAUGAAAGUCGAAGAUAACUUGACAGCUAUUGAUGCUGGGUCCAAUACAAGUGUUAUCAUUAACUCAAUGGAUAUACCAAUGUUGAAAACUUCAAACAAUGUGAAAGUCUAUGACCCCGAUUUUGAUAAUUCGGUCUUACAAAAUUUGAGCAUGAAAAAUUUCGACAGUGACAACGGUGUUACAGAGAAUACUAAUACGCUUCACAAUCUUCAACUUGACCCAAUUGAAGUCAAAUAUCACAAAUUAGAAAGAAACAUUAAUAAUAACUCAAUUUUGGAUAAAGAAUUAAAGCCCACGCCUCAAAUCAGAGACGAAUUAUUAAGAAUUUUACAGAAACCUUCUAAUAUUGAGUUAACAGAUGUUGAGAAAAAUUUAAUUUGGAAAUUUCGUUAUUACUUCUCCAAGAAUAACUCUAUAGCUACGGCAUUAUUAGAUGAAACAAGUAAUGAUGCCCCAGUUCAAGCUACAUCAACCACUCGCAGCACGAAACUGUUUUUAACAAAGUUUUUAAAAUCUAUCAAUUGGGAUAAUGAUUAUGAAUUAGAUCAUGCAUUUAAUGAAAUUAUUCCAAAUUAUUGGACUGUGGAUAAAAUACAAAUCGGUGAUGCAUUAGAAUUAUUAAGUAGCUAUUUCAAUCCUUAUACGUUAACUUCAGAAUUGAGACGAAGAGCUACUAAUACAAACCAAGGCAAUGGUACCAACCAUGAUCAAAUGGCUACUGAUGAAUCCAAGUUUCGUAAGGUUUUCAAAUACGUCAUUUUCUUGAGGAAAUUUGCUGUUGAUCGCUUAAGAUUGGCCAAUGGAGAAGAGCUUUUGUUAUAUUUACUUCAAUUAGUUCAAGCAUUGAAGUAUGAAUCAAUCAUAUUUGAAAAAUCUUCAAAGUAUCUUGCGAAUGAUCCACUUGAUGAAUAUUCGAUAGAAUCAGGUUCGUCUUCCCUAGAUGGAGAAGAAUCAUUACUGAAACUACCCUUGGCUACAUUUUUGAUUGAUAAGUCCAUUGAGAUUGAGAAAUUAGGUAAUUUCUUUUAUUGGUAUGUUAAGGUAGAAAAUGAAGACCAAAUUAAUAGUCCGUCAACGAGACCUACUAAGAUAUACUCUCUUGUUCUUAAUAAAUACAUCGAAAGUCUUAAGAGACACUCUUCUGUUAAUAAAUUGCCAAAUUAUAAUCAUUUGAAAAGACAAAUUUGGUUUAUCAAAAAGCUUACAAAUCUAGUGGAACUUUUGAGAACAACAUUUAAGAAGAAUGAAGCUACCGCUAAAAAGGUUCAAUUUCUAAGAGAAUAUCUCGCAGAUGCUUCUAAUGAAUUACUUAAAUUUCCGGAGCCUUUUCCGUUACCGCUAGAUCCAUCUGUCAUAAUUACUGGUUGCUAUCCUAAUGAGUCCUCAGUAUUCAAGAGUUCUUUAGCACCUUUGAAAAUCACAUUCAAAACGAUUCAGACUAGCAAAGACGGACAUUCAUCUCAAAUAUUUGGUCGCAAAAAUAACAAGUAUGGCAAAUUUCCUCUAAUGUUCAAAAUUGGGGAUGAUUUGAGACAAGAUCAAUUAGUCAUCCAAAUUAUUAAUUUGAUGGAUCAAUUAUUGAAAAAUGAAAACCUUGAUUUAAGGUUAACACCUUAUAAAAUUUUGGCAACAAGUCCUAUUGCGGGUCUUAUACAGUUUGUACCUAACGAUACCCUAGAUACGGUCUUAUCUCAGUCUUAUCCAGCUUCUAUUACUCAUUCAAAUCUGCCUGGCUCAGAAAUGAAUGGGAUUCAGAGGGCAGCAACCAUAAACUUAGCAUCUAACGUCAAUAAUGAAUUGGCGGUAUCAAAUAAUGGAAUCAUGAGUUUUUUAAAGUUACACUCGAGAGAGUUGCAAACUGCAGAGCCCGAGGCUACAAGUGUUCUCGGUAAUUCCAAGACAUUAAACCAAAGAAGUCAGCAACAACAUGCCAUUGCCUCUAAUUUGGGUGUAUCCUCUAUUGUGAUGGAUAACUAUGUGAAAUCCUGUGCUGGUUACUGUGUUAUUACAUAUUUAUUAGGUGUUGGUGAUCGCCACUUAGAUAACCUUCUUUUAUCCCCCAAUGGGAAAUUUUGGCAUGCUGAUUUCGGAUAUAUAUUGGGUAGAGAUCCCAAGCCAUUCCCUCCAUUGAUGAAAUUACCGAUUCAAGUCAUAGAUGGAAUGGGAGGUCUUAAUCAUGAAAAUUUCAACAUAUUCAAAAGUUAUUGCUUCAUUACAUAUACAACAUUAAGAAAAAAUAGUAACUUGAUUUUGAACUUGUUUCAAUUAAUGUUGGAUGCCAAUAUUCCUGAUAUUAAGAUUGAUCCUAAAAGGGCUGUUGAAAAGGUUCAAGAAAAGUUUUGCUUAGAAAUGACUGAAGAAGAAGCGAUUCUACAUUUCCAAAAUCUUAUCAAUGACAGUGUGAAUGCCUUCUUACCCGUUGUAAUUGAUAGAUUACACAGUUUAGCACAAUAUUGGAGAGCGUAA